AUGAUAAUUAAAGAAUAUCGAAUCGUUCUCCCCUUCAAUGUUGAAGAAUAUCAAGUUGGACAACUUUGGUCUGUGGCUGAAGCUUCCAAAGCUGAAACAGGCGGUGGAGAAGGUGUAGAGGUGUUGAAGAAUGAGCCUUUUGACGAUGUUCCUCUUCUUGGUGGCCAAUAUAACAAAGGCCAAUAUACUCAUAAAAUUUAUCAUUUACAAUCUAAAGUGCCAACAAUCAUUCGUAAAAUCGCUCCCAAAGGUUCACUAGCCAUACAUGAAGAAGCUUGGAAUGCCUAUCCUUAUUGUAAAACUGUUUUGACAAACCCUGAUUAUAUGAAAGAUGCUUUCUUUGUUAAAGUAGAAACAAUCCAUCUUCCCGACCGUGGUACAACUGAGAAUGCCCACAACUUGGACGCCGCUACUUUAGCGAAAAGAAACGUUGUUCACAUUGAUAUCUCAAGUGACUCCGAACAUCUGAACUCAGCUGACAUCAAACCAGAAACCACUCCAUCAAAGUUCAACAGUUUAAAAACUGGCCGUGGUCCACUAACAGGCAAUUGGAAGGAAACUUGUCAGCCAGUGAUGUGUGCUUACAAGUUAGUGACUGUUCACUUCAAAUGGUUUGGAUUACAAAGCAUGGUCGAAAGCUACACCCACACACAAUACCCCCGCCUGUUCUCUAAGUUCCAUCGUGAAGUAUUCUGCUGGAUUGACCAGUGGCAUGGCUUGACGAUGGUUGAUAUUCGUGCCAUUGAAGACAAAGCUCAACGUGAGCUGGAAGAGCAAAGAAAGAACGGCCAGGUUCGCGGAAUGAAUGCUGGAUAG